AUGAAUCCUUGUGUUUUUGUAAUUUUCUCACUUCUAUUGCUACACGCUGAGACUAUAAUUUCCGACCAAUUGGGAGGAGGAGAUGAUAAUGGUGUUAUUAUGAGAAAGUGUUCUGAUAAGGAGAGACGUGCUCUCCUUGAUUUCAAAGCUCGCCUCCAAGACCCCGAUGAAACUCUCUCUACAUGGAGAGCUGAAGAAGAAGAAGAAGAAGAUUGUUGUAAAUGGAGAGGAGUCACAUGCAACAACCAAACACAUCAUGUCACAGGGCUUGAUGUUGACAGACUUGGUCUUGUAGGUGAGAUUAGCAAUUCUUUGCUUAAUUUAAGCAGUUUGAAUCAUCUUGAUCUUUCCUACAAUUCUUUUCAUGGAACCAUUUCCACCUUCAUUGGUUCCAUGACUCGUUUAAGGCACCUUGACCUUGGUUGGAAUCAGUUUAAUGGAAUCAUUCCCAGGUCCAUUGGUUCCUUGACAGAGUUAACGUCCCUUGACCUUUCCUAUAACUCCUUUUAUGGAACCAUUCCUCCAGAGUUUGGAAACCUCACCAACUUGCAAUACCUUUACCUUCGAGAUGUUGGAAGAUGUAGAGUUGAGAACCUCGACUGGUUGUCUCAUCUCUCUCAUUUGGUGCAUCUUGAAAUGGAUGGGACUUCUCUUGCCAAACAAAAUUAUUGGUUAGAUGUGAUUUUGAGUCUCCGGAAACUAUCAUGGUUAAGUUUAGAUGGAUGUGAGCUCUCACAGGUCAUGUAUCCAUAUUCUUCUUCAUUUCUCAACUCUUCUUCAUCUAUUUCUUUCCUUUCUCUCAGAAACAACAAUCUCACCUCAUCCAUGUAUCGUUGGUUGUUCCCAUUAACUAACAAUCAGCUUCAUCUUCUUGAUCUAUCUAGCAACAUGUUAGAUGGGACACCCAAAUAUCUUGGUAACCUCUGUAGUUUGGAAUAUUUUGCAUUUGAUAACAACUCUGUUGUUAUCAAAUUUCCUGAUUUUCUCAACAACUUGUCGUCUGGAUGCACAUCGCUUACAUUACAAGGGUUGUUUGCUGGACAUAACCGAUUUAUAGGGACACUCUCCAAUGAGAUCCUAACAUUCAAAAAUCUUUCCAUUCUUGAUAUGAGCUCUUGCAGUCUAGGGCCUCGCUUCCCCAAAUGGAUUCAAAAAAUCAAAAAUCUUACCAGUCUUGAAAUUCCAUUGUCAUAUUGCCAACAAUGGAAUUUCAGACACGAUUCCUCCGGGGUUUUGGGACAUGUGGCCUUCUCAAUUAACAUAUCUCAAUCUCUCUUCCAACAACUUCAGUGGGAAAGUACCAGAUUUAUCAUCAAAUUUUGGCAACAAUUCUAG